CCUACGUCGCCAUGGUAACGGGUAGCACUCUGCAGAUAUUAGCUGGUUAGCAUCAAUGUGUCUCUUUUCGGGUCCUCAGUCUUACUGGGGCAGAAACUUUGAUUACUAACCAUGGAAGCAUCUGAUUCGUAUCUAAUCCGACCUCAUCAUCAACACAAGUUUAAACCAGCCAUUGUGAAGGAGUGCAUUCGUGAAAUUGUGAGGGAGCGACUGUCUGGAGUGCAGUAUGACCCAGAUCAAGUCCCAGAGCUGUCCCGCUCACUGGCAGACUGCAUCAAGGACAAAGUGAAGAAUGCUGGAUUUGACAGAUAUAAGCUUGUCGUGCAGGUUGUCAUCGGAGAACAGCGCGGGCAGGGGGUCAAAAUGUCUUCCAGAUGUUUCUGGGAUGCCGACACAGACAAUUAUGCAGAAGAUAUUUUCAUGAACGAGAGCUUGUUCUGCCUGGCAGCAGUUUUCGGGAGCUAUUAUUACUGAAGAUGAGAUGACGAACUAGAGGAGGGAUGGCAGAACUCUUUUGGAUGGAAAUGGGUGAGGUGAACAUCUGCUCACUUCCAGCAUUUUGGGCCCAUAAUGCACUGAUCUGGAGUAUUGUAAAUGCUACAUUUGAUGAUCAGAACUGGUGAAAUUCAGUGCAGAAGGUUGCAUAGACAUACAUGCCGAAGGUGUGUAAAUACUAGAAUUUCACACUAGUUAAGAUCUUACUAAGAUGUACUUUGAUCAUGAAUUUAAAUAUUUAAAAAAAGCACAUUUUCUACUUCAAGUGAUUAACAAAUUAAAAUACCUCCUAACUAUAUUUAUUAUAAGUAUUUAGCAGACCUGGCUUUUUAGUAGAUGCUAUUUUUGGUCACAUGCAUUUCAGUACUUGCAGCAUCAUAACACAUAUAACUAUGGGUCAGUUUCUUAGAACUCUGAUUUUAACUCAUAUUGAAGGUUGAAAUUGAAUGUGCUCAGGUUUGUUUGCAUAAUUUCAAGUGCCUGCUUACAAAGAGAUCUCUACAGCCACGUAUGCAUGUUUAUAUUUUUUAGCUUCCAAACCUCUGUAGCACUAUGCCGUUAGAAACACUGUCUGACUACCUUUCAGCCUGGUUUUGAAUUCACUCCCCUGGAGUGUGACUUUUUGGUCAAUUUAAAUGUAACGGGAUGUUACUUUGAAGGUCCUCAUUGUAAUUGGUGACCUUUAAUGAAGAGGCUACAGAUAUAUAACAAAUGGAGGCUGUUAUGGUGACCUUUGCAUACAAGAAAGGAUGCACUUGUUCUUCUCUUUGUAAAGUAAGCUUUCGUUUUACAACAUGGAGCUCACUUUUUAAAGCAGUUCUAGGCUUACACAAACAUACUCACGACCAAUAUAUUCAAUGUCUGCCUUCAAAACCACAUGUUACACACGGGUUGUUCAAGAGGCUUUGUGACCACUCCUAUCACUCGCUCAUGCAUCCCCGACAGAAACAUUAGAAAUAGCCAGCAGGAAACUUUGGAUAUAGUUGUGGCUGGCGAUGAGUCACGGUUGUCCACUUUAUAGGAUUUGAUCAGUUCGGAUCAGCUAAGACACAUAAGGUCGAGUCUGAUUUGUCGGGGUGAAAAUGAUAUCCUGUGUCCACCUGACAGGAGAUAUUAAAGUUAGAAAAAUACUGACAUCUUAAUGCCCAUCAGCCGGAAAUAAUACUGUAUGCAUGGUUUAAGAGAAAAUGAGUGCUGUCAAAGACAUCCUGACGACUACCGCCAGUUAUUAGUGUAAAUUAUUCAUGCUGCUUUCACUUGAUUAAAAUGAAGUCACUGACCUUUUGGUCACGAGUGGUUUUACUCCGAAAGAGAGCUGAUUCAUUUUUGUCUUAGUUGUAAAACAAGAAAGUUAUAUCAGUCUGCUGCAAGCGAAAAAGGUCUACAUUUAUACAGAUAUAUACUAAUUAUUGAGGAGCCACCACACUUAACUGGAUCUAUGACUGUUCCUAGGUUUCCUGUUCGAAAUUCAUCCUGAGGAGGAAUUUGUUUCACAAUAAAACAGAUGACUAAGUUUUUACGUUUGAUAUUUGCACUGUAAUUUAAACAGGACGUAAGAAAAUGCAUUAGAUAUUUGUUACUGUGUGUUGAUAAGAGUUUUGCUUUUUAUGUGUUUUUGUGGAAUUUUCUAUUGUUCUCAUUUCAUUUAGAAGAAAUUAUGACUGAUUUUGUGACUUUUUUUUGCUGCCAAUUUAACCUCAGAUUUAGACUAGACAAAAGAUGUAUCUUGUAAUCAUGUAAAUCCUAUAUUUAGUAAACAACACAUAUUUUAAUAAAUAAAUACUGUUCACCAUUA